AUGGCGAUGGUAGGAGGAUAUUCAGGUGCACAGAAGGUCAUUUCAGCUACAGAAUUAGAAGAUGGCCAUAUAUGGAAAAAAUAUGGGCAAAAGAAGAUUCUUGGGGCAAAAUAUCCCAGGAGCUACUUCAAGUGUGCUCAGAAAAAAUAUCAAGGCUGCCAAGCAAUAAAACAUGUGCAAAGAAUGCAAGAUGACCCACCAAUGUUUCUUGUCACCUACAUUGGGCAGCAUACAUGUUCAAAUGUAUUGCAAACUUCGCAAUGGAUCCCUGAUGAUUCACCAUCUUCAGACAAAUGCAUGCUUAGCUUCGAAUUGGAUCAAUCCAGCAUUCACCAAGUGAACUACUGGUCCUCACCUGAAGUGUUGUCAAAGCAUCCAGCGUUUUGGGAACCUUCACAAGCUACAAGUUCUAAGAAAUCAACCAUGGAGACGAGCUACGAUGCCCCUUCGGUCCCAGCAGCAGCUGAUUUGCCUGAAUGCAGUCCAUUUCCAAUGGAUAGAUCAGGCUGCAGCAAUGUAGUUCCUGGUAUGUUUUCACAACCAAGCCCCCAAGCUACAGAUGUGGACUCAUUCAUGAGUUUGCUUGAAUCAUUUGCUGGCCUUUGUUCUGACAAGGAUGUUGGUUACAAGUGA